GUUUUUUAUUGGUUUUAUUUUUUUUCCAUUUUCCAAAUUUAGCAGGUAAGAACCCCUCCAUAUCCAGAAGCUUCCAUAAACCCCUAUUUUUUCCUCAAACCCUACCAAAACCCUUGUAAUCCCUCCGCAGUCGCGAAGAAAUUUUCAAUCUAUCACACUCUUGUUCCUCGGUUUCAAUUGCACAAACAUGCACAGGCUAUCUAGGCGUUCUGUCAACUCUCUCCUCCGCUACGGUGGCCAUCGCCACCGUGAUGCCAUGCCUGUGGCCUCCAUUGGUUCUUCAAGUAUCAACGAAUUGGGUGGAGAGAGGGAUGCUAGUGGCAGAAGGUAUUCGAUUUUAACGCAUUUGACAAGCAAUGGACCUGCUUCCACCAAGCCUUUGAAAUCAGGAAACAUGAUUCCUAUAGGAAAGCGGUAUGAAUCAACUGCUGCGGACAUUUCAGCAACUGAUACACCUGUGGAGAAGUACGAGUAUCAAGCUGAGGUAAGCCGGCUUAUGGAUCUCAUUGUUAACAGUCUAUAUAGCAACAAAGAGGUGUUCCUUCGGGAACUUAUCAGCAAUGCAAGUGAUGCCUUGGACAAGCUGCGCUUUCUUAGUGUUACUGAGCCACAGCUUUUGGAGGGUGCUGCUGAACUUGACAUACGGAUUCAAACUGAUCAAGACAAUGGAAUAAUUACUCUCACGGACUCUGGUAUUGGUAUGACGCACCAAGAACUUGUUGAUUCCCUUGGAACAAUUGCCCACAGUGGAACUGCAAAGUUUCUAAAAGCUUUAAAGGAUAGCAAAGAUGCUGGUUCUGACAGCAAUUUGAUCGGUCAAUUUGGUGUGGGAUUUUAUUCUGCCUUCCUGGUUGCUGAUAAGGUGGUGGUCUCAACAAAGAGUCCCAAGUCUGAUAAGCAAUUUGUUUGGGAAGGAGAGGCCAAUUCUAGCUCCUAUAUUGUCCGAGAAGAGACUGAUCCUGAGAAGAUGAUUCCUAGAGGAACUCGCAUUACAUUACAUCUCAAGCGUGAUGAUAAAGGUUUUGCUCAUCCGGAGAGAAUCGAGAAACUUGUUAAAAAUUAUUCGCAGUUUGUGUCAUUUCCUAUUUACACAUGGCAAGAAAAGGGCUACACAAAAGAGGUUGAAGUUGAUGAUGAUCCAGCUGAGGCCAAGAAGGAUGGGACUGAUGACGGUGUUGAGAAAAAGAAGAAAACAAAAAAAAUUGUUGAGAAAUACUGGGAAUGGGACCUCACUAAUGAGACACAACCUAUAUGGCUUCGGAACCCUAAGGAAGUUACUACAGAGGAAUAUAAUGAAUUCUACAAGAAGACGUUCAACGAGUACUUGGAACCUUUAGCAUCUUCACAUUUCACAACAGAGGGAGAGGUGGAAUUCAGAUCAAUCCUUUACGUGCCUGCAAUCACUCCCAUGGGGAAGGAAGACAUUGUGAACCCGAAAACUAAGAAUAUAAGACUCUAUGUGAAACGUGUCUUCAUUUCAGAUGACUUUGAUGGAGAACUGUUUCCACGAUACCUAAGCUUUGUCAAAGGUGUUGUCGACUCUAAUGACCUUCCCUUGAAUGUAUCACGUGAAAUUCUCCAAGAAAGUCGUGUUGUACGUAUAAUGAGGAAGCGGUUGGUUCGAAAGGCAUUUGACAUGAUUCUUGGCAUAUCUAUGAGUGAGAACCGAGAGGACUAUGAGAAGUUCUGGGAGAACUUUGGAAAGCAUUUGAAACUUGGAUGCAUUGAAGAUCGUGAAAAUCACAAACGUCUUGCUCCAUUGCUUCGGUUUUUCUCGUCACAGAGUGAAGAAGAGAUGAUUAGCUUGGAUGAAUAUGUUGAGAACAUGAAACCCGACCAAAAGGAUAUUUAUUACAUUGCUGCUGACAGUGUCACAAGUGCAAAGAACACCCCCUUCUUGGAGAGACUAUAUGAGAAGGAGCUCGAAGUACUAUUUCUAGUUGAUCCCAUUGAUGAAGUUGCUGUCACAAAUCUCAAAUCGUACAAGGAAAAGAACUUUGUUGACAUCAGCAAGGAAGACUUGGAUAUUGGUGACAAGAAUGAGGAGAAGGAAAAGGAGAUGAAGCAGGAAUAUGGACAUAUUUGUGACUGGAUGAAGAAACGGUUGGGUGACAAGGUUGCGAGUGUCCAAGUUUCAAAUCGUCUAAAAACAUCUCCUUGUGUUCUUGUAUCUGGAAAGUUUGGUUGGUCUGCAAAUAUGGAGAGGCUGAUGAAGGCACAGACCGUUGGUGAUUCUUCUAGCCUGGACUUUAUGAGAAGCAGGAGAGUGUUUGAGAUCAAUCCUGAACAUUCAAUCAUUCAGACAUUGAAUGCUGCUUGCAGGAGCAGUGCAGAAGAUGAAGAAGCCCUAAGAGCUAUUGAUCUUUUGUACGAUACUGCAUUGAUUUCUAGCGGUUUCACUCCGGAGAGUCCAUCGCAGCUUGGGGGGAAGAUUUAUGAAAUGAUGAAUAUGGCUUUAUCGAACAAAUGGAGCUUACAGACACAAGAGGCUGAAAUAGUGGCUGAGCCCCAGGCAACCCUCGAAGCAGAGGUAGUUGAGCCGAUUGAGACCACCACCGGUUCUCAGAAAUGAUAAUAUUAUAAUGUCUGGAAGAAGAAAAGAAAAGACACAUGUAGAGGCAGAACUACUGCUUAUUAGAAAGGGAGAGUUUGUCUUGAUUGUUGGUUAUAAUUUUGUAGUGAGCCACAAAUAUUUUCAAAUUAAGAGAAACAUAAUCUACUCU